CUGCCUCCACUGCUGCUUCUCGGGGGCUGCCGAGACGGGGCCCCCCAGUCUCCUCCCCUUGCCCGGCUGUGGGUGAACCUGCAAGCUCCUUACCCACCCUGAGGACUUUUUUUGCAAGGAAACGAGGGAGGGAGGGAGAGGGAGAGAGCGAAGGGGAGCUCGUCCAUCCAUUGAAGCACAGUUCACUAUGAUCUUACUCGCUUUCAGCACUGGAAGACGGUUGGAUUUCGUGCAUCAUUCGGGGGUGUUUUUCUUGCAAACCUUGCUUUGGAUUUUAUGUGCUACAGGCUGCGGAACAGAGCAGUAUUUCAAUGUGGAGGUUUGGUUACAAAAGUACGGCUACCUUCCCCCGACGGACCCCAGAAUGUCGGUGCUGCGCUCCGCAGAGACCAUGCAGUCGGCCCUAGCUGCCAUGCAGCAGUUCUAUGGCAUUAACAUGACGGGAAAAGUGGACAGAAACACAAUUGACUGGAUGAAGAAGCCUCGAUGUGGCGUACCUGACCAGACAAGAGGUAGCUCGAAAUUUAAUAUCCGUCGAAAGCGAUACGCAUUGACGGGACAGAAGUGGCAGCAUAAGCACAUCACUUACAGUAUAAAGAACGUCACUCCAAAAGUCGGAGACUCUGAAACCCGUAAGGCUAUUCGCCGUGCCUUUGAUGUGUGGCAGAACGUAACUCCUCUGACGUUUGAAGAAGUUCCCUACAGUGAAUUAGAAAACGGCAAACGAGAUGUGGAUAUAACUAUCAUUUUCGCAUCUGGUUUUCAUGGAGACAGUUCUCCCUUUGAUGGAGAGGGAGGAUUUUUGGCACAUGCCUAUUUCCCUGGACCAGGAAUCGGGGGAGAUACGCAUUUUGAUUCUGAUGAGCCGUGGACUCUAGGAAACCCUAAUCAUGAUGGAAAUGACUUAUUUCUCGUAGCCGUUCAUGAACUAGGACAUGCUCUGGGCUUGGAGCAUUCCAAUGACCCAACAGCCAUCAUGGCUCCAUUUUACCAGUACAUGGAAACUGAUGACUUCAAACUACCGAAUGAUGACUUGCAGGGCAUCCAGCAAAUAUAUGGUCCACCUGACAAGACCCCGCCACCUACAAGACCUCUGCCGACAGUGCCCCCGCACCGCUCCCUUCCUCCGGCUGACCCAAGGAAGAACGACAGGCCCAAACCUCCCCGGCCGCCCACUGGCAGACCUUCCUAUCCUGGAGCCAAACCCAACAUCUGUGAUGGCAACUUCAACACUCUGGCUAUUCUUCGCCGUGAGAUGUUUGUUUUCAAGGACCAGUGGUUUUGGCGAGUGAGAAACAACAGGGUGAUGGAUGGAUACCCCAUGCAAAUAACUUAUUUCUGGAGAGGGCUGCCUCCUAGUAUUGAUGCAGUGUAUGAAAACAGUGAUGGGAAUUUUGUUUUCUUUAAAGGUAACAAAUAUUGGGUGUUCAAAGACACUACACUUCAACCUGGUUACCCUCAUGACUUGAUUACUCUUGGAAGUGGAAUUCCCCCUCAUGGUAUUGAUUCAGCCAUUUGGUGGGAGGAUGUUGGCAAAACCUAUUUCUUCAAAGGGGACAGGUAUUGGAGAUAUAGUGAAGAAAUGAAGACUAUGGAUCCUGGCUAUCCCAAACCCAUCACCGUCUGGAAAGGAAUCCCUGAGUCUCCCCAGGGAGCCUUUGUCCACAAAGAAAAUGGCUUUACGUAUUUCUACAAAGGAAAGGAGUACUGGAAAUUCAACAACCAAAUACUCAAAGUCGAACCUGGGUAUCCUAGAUCCAUCCUCAAGGACUUUAUGGGCUGUGAUGGACCAACAGACAGAAAUAAAGAAGGACACAGCCCACCAGAUGAUGUAGACAUUGUCAUCAAACUGGACAACACAGCCAGCACUGUGAAAGCCAUAGCUAUUGUCAUCCCCUGCAUCUUGGCCUUAUGCCUCCUGGUAUUGGUUUACACUGUGUUCCAAUUCAAGCGGAAAGGAACCCCCCGCCACAUACUGUACUGCAAACGCUCUAUGCAAGAGUGGGUGUGAUGUAGGGUUCGUUGGGGUCUUUUCCUUUCUUUUCCAGGAGUUUGUGGGAACUUGAGAUUCAAGACAGGAGCUGUUAUGCUGUUUCCUAGCUAGGAGCAGGCUUGUGGCAGCCGGACUGGGGCUGACCUUUCAGACGCAGAGGGUCGCUGGUCCUGCACAGGAGUAGACAUACACUCGUGGGGAAGCUUCCACGAUGCACAGUAUCUGCCGUUCUUCAGUCCCUUGUCUUUCUUUGUCAUUCAGUUCUAGGCCUUUCCUCUGCACGCUCAAUGCCCAGUAACUUUUUUCAGGAUUACUAAAGAAGAGGAAAAAAAAAUAACAAAAAAAGAAGAAGAAAAGAUUCUUCUUAAAGGUUUCUAAUAUUAUUUUUCUUCUGGAGUCUGAGCCCACUUCUGGGGAGGGGGACGGGAAAGCAAAACGGAAAAUAACCCACGAUUUUUGCUUUAAAGCAAGGGGGCGGGGAGGUGGGGGAGAUGCAAGAUUAAAACCAACAAACCACCCACCCUUGAACUUUCAGGAAAGUGUGAAGACCCCAAUCAGCUUUGUCUCCAAAGAAGAUAGCUCUCUGACUGCUAUGAGUAGUCUCCUCCGACCCUUUGGUCAGGUGGGAGAGCCGGAAUACACACAGGACUUUAGACUGUUGGGACAGCCAUUUUCCAACAAACAAGGGGCCAAAAUAUCUGCAAUAUAGUAACAGCCUUAAUAAUACAUCCAUUUUUCGUUUUCUACAGCUGUUCUCAGCCAUGUCCUCAAUGUUUCAUCACAUUUAUCUUCAUAGCUAUAGUCAGUCAAACAGGACCUAGUAAUUGUUUUGAAGUGUUUCUAAAGCCCUUCCUGCCCCCCCCCCCCCCAAAUCAUUGUGAUAUUCUCCCUCCCGGGUUGUAUUAGGCCAUUGCCCCAGGCCUUUCUGAAGUCUGUCAAGUAUAUUCCUAACAAGGUGGAGCAAGAAGCAGUUUGUCUCUGAAGUGGAUUAAAGUGACAGUUAUUUUACAAGGAUAUGUGGCAUAGUUAAUACAUUGGUGUAACCCUUUGAGAACUAUCAGAUCAGCUUUCAGAGUCUUAUGGUUGUCAGCCUGGGUAUCUGGUAAAUUAUAGAACUGGGCAAUGGUGAAGAAGAAGAAGAAGAUAAAAUAACAGGGCACAGGUUCAAGCAGUUCAGGUUCUUAAACACAGAUAUCCUGUAAUCCCAUGUAAUUUUUUAAAGUAAUUUACAGUACUACAUAAAUGCAUUUAUAACAAACAGAAAUGGUGUUACUUGCCAAAAGUUUUCUGGCAAAUAAAAGGUAUUUUAUUAAGUAUAUUGUAAGAGUGAAAUUUUAUUUGAACAAUGGGUUAUAAUAGCUUAAGCCUUCCUCCCCGCCCCAUUCAUUUGUUUCCUGCCCCACUCCCAUUGGACCUAUUGAAUUUUGGUUUUAAAGUUUUCCAUUGCAUGAAAAUUCAAUUUGACUUGGUACAUGCUGCUAGCAUGGCCGAUUUAACCAAUGGACACAAAAUGAUGACUCUGAGGUUGCAUGACUGUCCUCCAGUGCAUUGCCUAUUGCAUGUCGACCAUAGUUCUCAAAGGGUUCUUGUGGCUUCUGGCAUUUCGCCAUGCAUCUGAACACGGACAGAGCCAAGAGACCACCAAAGCAUUUCAUUGUUGAUUGUAAUUUGUCCUAACAGCAGUGUUGUCAUUUUCCGUCACCUGCAGAGCAGGUUUGUAUCAAU